UCUAUAAAAAAAAGAAUGUGACUUAAUCUAAUACAAUAAAUCUGAACAUACUAUAUUGCGCUAUAUCCUUAUAUACAUAUUAUUUUUAAACGGAUAGAGUACACAACCACUCUUUCCCUAACCCAAUGACUAAGAUGUAAGCAGGUCGACCUGUGAACUUACUUAUAGUUCAAAUAAAUAAUAAUUUAUAGGCGUGAUCUAAUUUACCACAUAUGUAAGUGGAUCGAUCAUUAGAUUUAUUUAUAAGUCAAAUUAAUAAGCAACCGGCGAGUCAAACCCGCAUUAUACGCACCCCUACCAACGACCUGCACUGCAUGUUGGCCUCCCCCCAGAGCAAAUCAGCAACUGAUCCAACGACAAACGCCACACUCGCACUCGCGCGAGCCGCCGGACUGCAACGCAACGCAAGCAAAAGGGCAUCAUCCGCCGAAGAAGCCCCGUGAAUCGCGCCGACCGCCGCAUAUUUUACUAGCUUUCCCCAACUCAUCUCAUCUCUGAUCUCUCAUCUCAUCUCACCAACCUCUCUCUCUCUCUCUCUCUCUUCUCCUCGCGUUAUCCUUCGCCUCCGCCGCGAUGCUCUCCAUCUCGUGGCUCGGCAACCUCCUCCUCACCCUCCUCCGCGCCAUCCUCCUCAACCUCCACCUCCCCACCCCCACCUCCGCCACCCACCACUUCUUCUCUACCUAGCUCUCUCUUUCUCGCUCUGCCUGCGCCGCCCAUGCCGCGAGCUCUACAGAGAUCUGGCAGCAACAGCCUCGCCGCCCUGCUGCGCGCCGACCCGCCGCCCAAUGCCGCCAUUGCCGACCAGGACGACGCCAAGCGGCCGGGGAGGAGGAGGAGGCGGCGGAGGAGGAGCUGCCUCAGGCUGCCGCUCGGGGUCGGAGCCGGGGGAUGCCGCGUCUGCGCCUGCGACGAGAUGGACCCCGCCACCGCGGCACCGCGCCGACGUGCCCCGGAGGAGAAGGAUGACGACGAGGAGGAGGAGGAGGCCGUGCCGCCCGCCGCGCUGCAGUGCUUCUCGUGGAAGAAGGGGGCGGCCGCCGCCCGCACGUCGGGGGUUGGGGAUGGUGACAGGGUGAUGGUGGAGGAGGUGGAGGCGGCGGCGGCGUCGCUGUCGGUUCUCCCUGACGACUUGAUGGAGAUGGUGCUCGGCCGGCUCCCGCUGGCGUCGCUCCUCGCCGCGCGCUGCGCGUGCAGGCGGUGGAGGGACCUCACCGUCGCGCCGCAGUUCAUGCGGAUGCGCCGCGUGGAGGCGCGGCCGCAUCGGACGCCGUGGCUGUUCCUCUUCGGGGUGGAGGGGGACGGGUGGGGCGCCACCGCCGCCGCCACGGCCGUGCACGCGCUCGACGUGGACGCGCAGCGAUGGCGCCGGGUUGGGGCGGACGGGCUCAGGGGGAGGUUCCUCUUCUCCGUCGCCGGCGUCGGGGACGAGCUCUACGUCGUCGGCGGCCGGUCAGGGGACGCCGGCUCGGUGAAGACCAAGACCCACAAGGGUGUCCUCGUGUACAGCCCUCUCGCCGGCGCGUGGCGCAAGGCUGCUUCCAUGCGGAGCGCGCGGUCACGGUCGGUGCUUGGGGUGUUCGAGAUGGGGACCAUCAGCCGCAGCAUUCUCCUCGCCCGCGCCGACAAGCAUGUUCACCGCCACGCCAACACCGGUGGCGGCAAGUUCCGGCUGGGUGGCACCUCCGCCGUGUACGAGGACCCCCACCGCCUUUCCCUCCGCCGCCUCCGGCUCCGGGACGUGCUGAACGACGACGCCGAUUCCUCGGAGUUCGCUGCCACUGACGCCAAGGUUGCCGGACAAGAAGAGGAGAGGAGGGCUCAGCAAAGGCUCGCGCUCAUCGCCGUGGGUGGGCGCGGGCGCUGGGACGAGCCGCUGGUGUCCGGCGAGAUCUAUGAUCCGGUGACGGACAAGUGGUUCGAGAUCGCCGGCUUCCCCGCCGACGUCGGGCUCGCCUGCUCCGGCGCCGUCUGUGGCCAGAUGUUCUACGUGUACUGCGAGUCGGACACGCUCGUCGCCUACCACCUCGACAAGGGCUUCUGGUCCGUCAUCCAGACGUCCCGCCCGCCGCCGCGGCUCCGCGACUACGCGCCGACGCUGCUGUGCUGCUCGUCGCGGCUGCUGAUGCUCUGCGUCUCGUGGUGCGACCGCGCCGGCAACGGCUCGGCGAGCCGGCGGGAGAGGGUGAUGCGCAAGCUGUUCGAGCUCGACCUCGGCUCGCGCCGGUGGGGCGAGGCGUCGUCGCACCCCGACGCGCCCAUGGACCUCAACGCCGCGUUCGCCGCCGGCGCGGACACCGUCUACGCCGUGGAGAUGUUCAGGGUCUUCGGCAAGGUGCUCGACUUCGUGACGGCGUGCCGGGUCUCGGACACCGACGACCACCGGUGGCGCCGGCUCGCGCGGAACAACGCCGCCGCGGACGCCGACGCCAUGUCCAGCAAGCUGAAAUCCAUGGCGGUGCUGCACCUGUAAUUACACCUUACAUUUAUUUUUUUUACAUCACCAUCAGUGUUAGUGUAAUUGGGCAUUUGGCAUCAUCUUCUCAUCUUCUCAUCACUGAUUCGUUCUCCAUUUCCCUGAAUGGACAGGCAGCUUUUGGUACGGCCAUUUCAUUGCUUGUAGCCAUAGCUGUGAUUAUCCAUACUGUUGUACUGUUCUUUCGAUUUGGUUUUGGUUUCAUACAAGACAUGAUCUUUUCAUGAUGCUACUGAUGUAAUUUACUGUCAAUUUUAUUUAGAUGAUGAUGACACAUUCGUUCUUGGCUUGUUA